UCCUUUCAUUCAUUCUGAGAGCCAUACCCGAAGCAGCAAAAUUCAUGGAGGAUUUGUGGGUAUGGCUGAUCGGUGCUGUGGUCGGCGGCUAUAUCUUUGUAUUCGGUAUUCUCAGAAACUUUAACCAAUGGCUCUUCAUCACGCGCCACCGUGGCCGCUACCACCUCCCCCCCGGCGACAUGGGCUGGCCCAUCAUCGGAACCCUCCUCCCCUUCCUCCGAGCCUUCCGCUCGGGUCGACCCGAUUCCUUCAUCAACCAUUUCGUCUCCAAGUAUGGUAAAAUAGGGAUGUACAAGACGCAUUUAUUCGGGAGCCCAAGCGUGAUAGUGUGCGUGCCGGAGGUGUGCCGGCACGUGCUGAUGAACGACGAGCAGUUCGUGUUCGGGUACUCGAAAGCGACCAGAAUCCUGACCGGAAGCAAGGCCCUGAACACGGUCCCGAAGGCGGAGCACCGUCGUCUGCGGCGGCUGAUCGCGUCUCUGAUAAGCGGGCACGACGCGCUGUCGCUGUACAUCGGGCACGUGGAGGGGAUCGUGGUCACGUGCCUGGAGGAGUGGGGAAGCAUGAAGAAGCCGGUGGAGUUCCUGACGGAGAUGAAAACGGUGGCGUUUAAGGUUCUCCUCCACAUCUUCAUCGGAUCCACGUCAGCUGCUUUCAUCGACAAGAUGGAGAAGCUGUACACUGAUUUUCACUUGGGAUUCAUGGCCUCUCCCAUUGAUCUUCCUGGUACCACCUUCAGCAGGGCUCUUAAGGCCAGAAAGGAGCUGAUAAAGAUAUUUGAAAAUGUAUUGAAAGAGAAGAAGGCAAAUUUGGGGAGCAAAGAAGUAGAAAAGAGAAAGAAAGAUAUGACUGAUUUAUUAUUGGAAGUUAGAGAUGAAGAUGGGCAAGGCUUGGAUGAUGGCUGCAUUAUUGAUUUGUUGAUUGGGUUUUUCUUUGCUGGCCAUGAAACUUCUGCUCAUAGUAUCAUGAGAGCUAUCAUGUUUCUAUCCGAAAAUCCCGAAACCCUUCUCAAAGCCAAGGCUGAGCAAGAGAAAAUUGUGAAGGCCAGGGCAGAUGCCCAACAAAAGGGCUUGACCAUGAAGGAAAUCAAACAAAUGGAUUAUCUUUCUAAGGUGAUCGAUGAAACGUUGAGGAAGACAAGUUUGGCAUUUACGCUUUCGAGAGAGACAAAAGUUGACGUUAACUUAAAUGGCUAUACAAUACCAAAGGGAUGGAAAAUCCUUGUUUGGACGAGAGCUGUUCAUAUGGAUCCGGAAAUCUAUGAAAACCCACAAAAAUUCGACCCAUCUAGAUGGGACAAUCCAAAACGUAGAGCUGGGUCUUUCAUUCCCUUUGGAGCAGGAAUGAGACUUUGUCCUGGGAUUGAUCUUUCCAAACUCGAGAUCGCCAUUUUCCUUCACUAUUUUAUCCAUGGUGGCUUCAGACUCGAGAGAGUAAAUCCAAACUGCCCAGAGAAUCAUCUGCCUUUGCCAAGGCCUACAGACAACUGCCUUGCAAGAGUUGUUAGAGAUUCAUAAAUAUUGAAAUAAAGGAGAUCAGAAAAUGGGCUCUCAAAUUUCCACCUUUUAACUCCAAAAAUAUAAUAUAUAGUUUUAGUAGGAAGAUUUCAAUACUCUCCCUCACUGCUUUUAUACAUAUACAUGUCUUUGUAUGGGCUUAUAAAUAACUCAUCUCACUUUCGUACCAGAGAUGAAGCCUGAUUUAGUUCUACUACACUUGUUGAAUUACCCUCAGCAAUGUUUACCAACCCCAUUCAAUGUACUAAAUUUUCAUCGAUA